AUGGCCUCAGAAUGGAAUUUCUAUGGUACAUUUCCGGUAGCUCCGUUGGUUGAUUCUUUCUCUCUCCUUUCUUUAUCUCCGAAAGCCCCCAGCCUUAAUGGCUACUUCAACACCCGUCGGCGACCACUCCCCAGGGAAGUUCGCGAACUUGUCGAAGACAAGUUGGGCUCACAAGCACUAGCAAAGGAGAGCAAUCUGAGCGAGUGUCAUCAAAGGGCGGUGGGAAGCAGUGCAUUAAGGGCAUGUCCUCGUGUGGGGCAGAGUGUGGGGCCAGGGUCAGGGUGUGGGACGGGAGGCAGGGAAGGUAGAAGGGGCAAGAGAGCCUAUAGGUUGAGAAUUGGGUCAUGGAACAUAGGUUCGCUGACGAGUAAGUCCAUAGGGUUGGCAAAGAUCCUCCAGAAGAGGAAGAUUAAUAUAGCGUGUGUCCAGGAGACUAGAUGGGUUAGAUCGAGGGCAAGAAACGCUGAUGGGUAUAAGUUGUGGUACUCUGGAGUCCACAGGGGUAAGAAUGAAGUGGGUAUCCUAGUUGAUAGCCAUCUUAGAGAGUCGGUGGUUGAGGUCAGGAGGGUGAAUGAUAGACUAAUGACUAUUAAAUUGGUGGUGGGUGAGUGUACUUUAAAUGUCGUUAGCGCGUACGCGCCGCAAGUUGGCUUGGAUGAGGAGAUUAAAAUGCACUUUUGGGAGGGGUUGGAUGACAUCGUUCGUAGCAUUCCACCUUCCGAGAGGUUAUUCAUAGGAGGAAAUUUCAAUGGUCAUAUUGGGUCGUCCGUAGGUGGUUAUACUGAGGUGCAUGGCGGCUUUGGUUUUGGGGAACGGAACGGAGGGGGCACUUCGCUGCUGGACUUUGCCAAGGCAUUCGAUCUAGUGAUUGCAAACUCAAGUUUUUUGAAGCGGGAGGAGCAUUUGGCUUUUGGUGAUGGACACUGGUAUUACGAUAAAGAGGAAGAAGAGUGGUGGAAUGCCGGUGUCCAAGGUAAAGUGGAAGCGAAGAAGGCGGCUUACCUGCGACUAGUAGGGAGCACUGGCGAGGAGGAGAAGACAGCGAAUAGAGAGAGAUAUAUGGUUGCUAGGAAGAAGGCGAAGAUGGCAGUAACGGAGGCUAAGGCAACAACUUUUGCUCGUCUGGGCAAUGACUCGAGUGAUGAGUUGAUCGAGAAGACGGUAGAGUUGGAGAAGGCCGACGAGGCUAGGAUGGCAGUUUUGGCAAGGAUGGCGGCAUCGGAGGAGGUUAUCCGUGUCCUCAGAUGUGGACAGGCGAUUCGGCCUUUCUGCUAUCAGUUUGGCAAGGCCGUGCUUGAGGGAUUUGGUCGAGCUGGCAUUCAUCGAACUCGAGUAACAACUAGCAGAUCUCGGCUUGGUAUUUUUGCGGUCUUUGUUCCUUGA